AUGGAAACUCCCCAAACUCCCACUUCCGACUUCAGUUCGCGUCGAAGGUUGAAUCAAACACUGGUGGUAAACGAAGCUGUCGAAUGCGAGAACGACAUAACGUCUCUUCAAAAUGUCCUCAUUGAUUUAAAGUACAAGCGCAUGGCUCUUAAUACGAAGUUGAAUUCUGUUCAUGACCUGAUGGCGGAACUCCCACUCGAAGUUACAACCGAGAUAUUCCAACUUGUCGUCGACAGCCAAGAAGAGUCCAACCUUCGCUCACUCCCUACCCAGUUCCUUCUCGGCAGAGUUUGCAAAGCAUGGAGAGACACUGUGUGGAAGCAUCCGUCCCUGUGGAAAGAUAUUCGAAUACAAAUCAUUGCGGAAAAGUACCCAAAACAAGAAGAAUUGCUUGGAGAAUGGUUGAAUCAUUCCGGAACCCGUCCGAUAACUGUCAGCAUCGCUAGCAAGGACCGAUGGCAGCCUCCUCAAUCAUUUGCUACUUUGCUGCUUGGGACAAGCCAACGCUGGACCGCCUUCACCUGUUGCUCGCCAUUAUCGUCAAUUUCCGAAGGACUUGCAGCGGAUCCGCCUCCCUCAUUUCCGCUUCUAUCAAGCAUCAAAGUGUUUACUAAUGGCCUCCCGCAAAAUGAAUCAAUGAAGUAUAAUUUCAAUGCCACACCUAAACUGCGGAAUAUCUUUUUAUCACACCCUUACUUGUGCCUUCCGGCAUCAUAUGCGCUCAGCUUUAUCAACUCGCUACAAAACAUCAGAAAACUUGUUAUAUGGCUUACAAAAGGAUCUGCAAACCAGAUUGCCUCCCAACAUACCGGCUUGAAGAUCUUACCUUCUCUUAACUCCCUUUGUCUCACCGGGGAAAACACUGCCGCCUCUGUCAUCUUGGACAGAAUCAUCACGCCUGCAUUGAUGGACCUACGUCUUUGGAUCUACUCAACCGGUAGCGCGAACCUGGACCACGCCUGGAUCACUUCGCUCAAUGAUUUGCGCGAAAGGUCUGCCUUCAGCUUGUCCAAUUUAUCAUUCAAAGGCGCCGGAAUUGGGCAAGAGGGAAUACUUGUGGAUGCUGUAGGAUCUUUUCCUACUCUGUCUUCUCUACACAUUGAAGAUCUCGGCAAAAAUGGCAACUUCGUGCUCUCCGAUUUGACAAUCGGCUGA